AUGAAGCUUGACACCGCCGUCAGUGCGUCUUUGCUGCUCUCUGCGGCUUCGGCAAAUGUGGUCGCGGUCCCGCGCGACCCGACGCCGGAGCAGGCUGCCGCUCUUGCGCUCGCUGGACUAAAACGCGCCAGCCCCCAGGCUCCGAAUGGUUACACCCCUGAAAAGGUCGACUGCCCCUCGACCAGGCCUUCUAUCAGGAAUGCCAUGUCUCUGUCGUCGAGCGAAACGGCAUGGCUCGAGAAAAGGCGCAAUAACACCGUGUCCCCGAUGAAAGACCUCUUGAGCAGACUCAAUAUCACCGGCUUCGACUCUGACUCGUACAUUGACAAAGCCGCCAACAACGUUUCUGCUUUGCCCAACAUUGGUAUCGCUGUGUCUGGUGGAGGCUACCGUGCGUUGCUUAACGGCGCUGGCGCGGUUGCAGCAUUCGAUAGCCGGACGCCAAAUUCGACGGGCAGUGGUCACAUUGGUGGCCUUUUGCAGUCAUCCACGUAUUUCGCGGGCUUGUCGGGAGGUGGCUGGCUCGUGUCGUCCCUUUAUGGAAACAACUUCACCUCUGUACAAAACAUCAUCGACGCCGACCCCGACCAGUCCGGCGACCUCUGGCAGUUUCAGAACUCCAUUCUCGAUGGCCCUGAAAAGGGUGGCAUCCAGAUUUUGAACACAGCCGAGUACUACUCGGCGCUUUACGACCAGGUCAACGGUAAAGUCGAUGCCGGUUACGAAACUUCCAUCACCGACUAUUGGGGCCGCGCCCUCUCCUUCCAGCUUCUCAAUGCCAGUGACGGCGGUCCUGCAUACACCUAUUCGUCAAUCCAGGAUGACGAGUACUUCACGAACGGUGAUGCCCCCAUGCCCAUCCUGGUUGCGGAUGGCAGGGAGCCCGGCCAACUCGUCAUUUCCAGCAACACGACCAACUUUGAAUUCAACCCCUGGGAGAUGGGAUCUUUCGACCCGACUGUCUUUGGCUUUGCCCCUCUUCGCUAUGUGGGAUCUAACUUCAGUGCUGGAGAACUUCCUGAGAGCGAGAAGUGCGUUCGUGGUUACGAUUCACUCAGCUUUGUGUUUGGAACCUCCAGCUCGCUCUUCAACCAGUUUCUGCUCCAGAUCAACAGCACAGACAGCGUGCCCGACAGCUUGAAGGGUGUUUUGACCAGCGCCCUCAACACCGUCGGAGAGGACAACGAUGACAUUGCCGACUGGUCCCCCAACCCCUUCUACCAAUGGAACAACAAGACCAAUCCGGGUGCUUCGAGCAAGCGUCUGACGCUUGUGGAUGGAGGCGAAGACCUGCAGAACAUCCCCUUCACCCCGCUCGUCCAACCUCUGCGCAACGUCGAUGUCAUCUUCGCCAUCGACUCCUCGGCAGAUACCGUCUCCACCGAGGCCCCGGGCUGGCCCAACGGCACCGCCAUGGUCGCAACCUACGAGCGCUCGCUCAACGUCACACAGGCCAACGGCACCAUCUUCCCUUCCAUCCCCGACCAGAACACCUUCAUCAACCUCGGCCUGAACAACCGCCCCGCCAUGUUCGGCUGCGAUCCCGGCAACUUCUCCGACACCACGCCGCUGGUUGUAUACCUCCCGAACGCCCCUUACGUUUUCAACUCCAACGUCUCCACCUUCACGCGCGAGUACAGCAUCAGCCAGCGCAACGCCAUGGUCGAGAACGGCUACGACGUCGUGACCAUGGGCAACGGCACGCUCGACGCGCAGUGGCCGACUUGCGUGGGCUGCGCCAUCAUGUCGCGCAGCUGGAACAGGACGGGCACCACCGUGCCGGACGUGUGCAUGGAUUGCUUCAACAAGUAUUGCUGGGACGGCAAAGUCAACUCCACGGCUACGACGUACAUCCCCGAUAUGAAGUUGGAGGAGCUCAAAACUACCAGCGCCGCGGUCGCUGUCAUGCCGACUUUUUACUCUAUGGCAGCGGCUGUUGUUGCCUGUAUCGCUCUCGUGCUCUAA